AUGCCAGAUACUGCGGUCGGCCCGUGGGGUGUCCCUUUCCUGGGUUACGCGCCUUUCCUCAUCGGAGGUUGUAUCCACGAGAAACUCGAUCGCCUGAAGGAAAAAUACGGGGACAUCUUCUGCCUGAAUCUGGCCGGGAAAGACGUGGUGAUCAUGAGCGAAUGGCGCCUCAUUCGGGAUGCCUUCAACAGACAUGAACUCAAUGACAGAGCCGAUCUCCUCAUGUUUCGACAAUUCUCCGACGGCAACCACGGGAUCCUAGGUUCGUGUGGAAACCAGUGGCGUGAGAAUCGACGAUUCACCAUCUCCGUUUUGAGAGAUUUUGGACUCAGCAAGGCGCCCAAACUGAACGCGAUGAUCCAACAAGAAGUCCUGAAGCUCUGUGACCUCCUUCGACGAAACGAAGAUCCUCAAGACUUUCAGCAUCCAUUAAACUUAGCUAUUUUGAAUCUCAUCUGGAAAUUGACUGCAGGCAAGUUCAUUCGCAAGCAGUUCGAGCACGGCGACCUCCAACUGGACGGUCUCUUGGACUUGGUGUCGAAGGUCAAAGAUGAUGCUGUGAGUUUGGGACUCUUACAGAUCCUACCUGGACUACUUCACGUCUGGCCCCUUAAGGAGGUCGAGGAGCGCAAAAAAUUCGUCACAAGAGAGCCUCCGAAAGACUACAUCGAAGCGUACUUCCAGAAGAUGGACGAGUUUAAGCAAAAAGGGGAAUCUAAUCCUUAUUUCACAGAGUUGCAGCUCUGGGUGACCGUGGCAGAACUAUUUAUCGCUGGGAGCGAGACGACCUCGAGCGCGGUCCGAUGGUUCGUCCUCUUCCUCCUCCGACAUCCAAACAUGCAAGAGAAAAUCCAGUCAGAGGUGGACCGAGUUGUGGGAAAGGAGAGGAUUCCGUCUCUCGACGACAGGAACCAGUAUUGGAAAACACCGAAUGAAUUCAUACCAGAGAGAUUUUUGGAUGAAGAUGGAAACGUCAUGAGCAACUUACCCAGCCUCGUCCCUUUUGGAACCGGAAGGCGGCAGUGCAUCGGGGAAUCUCUGGCCAAGAUGGAGUUGUUUCUCUUCGUGGCAACUUUCAUGCAAAAGUUCACUUUCUGCGUUCCCCAAGGAUACCCGAUCCCUUCCGCAGAGGCCGAUGGGAGCUUCGUCAUCACCUCUCCUAAACCCUACAAAUUCCUUAUCAGGGAGAGACUUCAUACCUAGGAUAACAUGCACACAUAACGCACCUUUCGAAGAAACGAACAGACAAGAAUGUCCCUAUCUGCUUUUCUCAUCCUCCCGCUCCCCGAAUGCGAACUUACCCACCUUCACAAAUUAGUAAUCUCCAUAUCCAGUGAGGAAUUCACAAAUUCCUUAACCGCUUCGGUGAUUUGCCC